AUGGAGUUUGUUGUCGAGAAUCUGUGGUACAUUGACAAUAAUAUGGCGGUGGAUUUGUACCAGGAUGCAGAGGCCCAGAUGUACGUUGUACCUAAACACGCAGUUCCAUACAGCACGAUCUUUGCCGAGCUCGAUACCUUUAACAAGUUCUACACAUAUGCGCUGAAAAAGCGGGAGGAUCUGAAUGACAAAGGCAUUAUUAUGGCGCUGACCAAUAUAUAUGCAAAGAGCUGGGUGGGUAGCGCAACAACAAAAAAGAUUCUGCAGGGAUACAGAAUGUCCAGAAUACUCGCACAGAGCACAAAGACGUCCCAUAUUAUGGAGAUACUUAAGAAAAUGAGCCGCAAGCACGGGUAUAUGCAGGAGGGAGAUGUGGACCGCGUUUUUCUGGAGUCCAACACGUAUCUAGCCAAUCUAAUGCCAUCGCAGUUCUACAAAAUGGAGUGCUGUCUGGCAAGGUAUUUCAUUUCUGUGCACCAGCUGCCAAUUGCGCACAAGUUUGCAAAGGAGGCACUGGAUCUGGCUAGUAGAGGGGCAUCUGCGCAGGGAAUAAGCGACUCGCGCAGCCUUCUAAUUGAGAUAGAGGAGAAGAUUGGAAGGAAGAGGGCUAGUAGCUGA